UUUGCAUGUUCUCCCCGUGCCUGCGUGGGUUUUCUCCGGGCACUCCGGUUUCCUCCCACAUCCCAAAAACAUGCAUGAAUUGGAGACUCUAAAUUGCCCGUAGGCAUGACUGUGAGUGCGAAUGGUUGUUUGUUCCUAUGUGCCCUGCGAUUGGCUGGCAACCAGUUCAGGGUGUACCCUGCCCGAUGACAGCUGGGAUAGGCUCCAGCACGCCCGCGACCCUAGUGAGGAGAAGCGGCUCAGAAAAUGGAUGGAUGGAUGGAUAUCAGAUUUUAAAAAAAACAUUGUAAUAUGAAGACAUUAAAUUGGAACUUUUACAAAGGAAUAAAAGGAAAACAAUCAACAAUGAAUGCAAUAAAGUCAGAGUGGUAAUAAUAAAAAAAAGUGGUAAUCUUAAAAAAUGAAAAGUUGUACUUUCUUGAGAAAAAAGUGCAAACUCUUCCGGAAUUAUAAUAUUUUAGAGAAAGUCAAGUAGUAGUAAAAUAGAAAGUAGACAAAGUACUGUAGUAAUAAGGCCAUGCCGGGGGAAAAAAUGAGAGAAUCACAAAGUUGUAUUUUCUUGAUGAAAAAAGUCAGAAUCUUAUGAAAAGUAAGUAAUGAGAUAAAGAAAACAUAUAUUUUCACAUCUGUAAACAAUAUGUGCCACCUUCCGUGUCAUAGCAGAAGCCUCCUCAGAUGUCCCGAGGUGAUGAAUACACUCCCGGAGGAGACCCCGUCUGCAAGUUGUGUGUUGUGUUGUCGUCCAUAGUGACCAAGCCUCACACACACACACACACACACACACACACACACACAUGCACAUCCAGCAGUCCUUAAGCGAAGAUGAACGGUGGUUCUGCUGAUCCGGCCUCCGCAUGGCUCAGGUGGCGUCAGAGGUCCAAGGUAGCCCAUGAGGCCGAUGGCGGUGUCCACUGCCAAGACCGAGAUGGGCCAGAUCCCCGCACAUCCACCACAACCUGGAGAAGUUGGGUGGUGGACCCGGCUGAGCACUUCUAUUACGUUUGGCUACAGCUCAUGAUUCUGCCCGUGGUCUACAACUGGGUCGUCAUCAUCCUCAGGACGUGUUUUCCUUCCAUCGCCCUGGGAUAUCUGGCAGUGUGGCUCACCCUGGACUACGCAUCCGACCUGAUGUACGCUGCCGACAUGAUCAUUGCUGUACGUUCGGGCUACUUGGAGCAGGGCAUCCUGAUAAAAGACACGGGUCGACUAAAGAGUCGCUACCUCCACUCCAGGCGUUUCUUCCGCGACCUGGCAUCCCUGCUGCCUACCGAUUUGUUCUACCUGGUGUUCGGCACCCAGGCGACCACAGUGAGGAUCAACCGUCUGCUUCGCACACCACGACUCAGCGAGGCACUGGACCGCAUGGAGACCAGGACCUCGUAUCCCAACACCUUCCGCAUCACCAAGCUGAUGAGCUACAUCUUCGUGCUGAUCCACUGGAACGCCUGCCUCUACUUCGCACUCUCCAACUAUAUCGGCUUCGGGAGCGAUGGCUGGGUUUACCCCAACAUCUCCAACCCGGUGUUCGAGUCUACCCGCCGCCAGUACUUCUACUGCUUCUGGUUCUCAGCACAGAUUUUCACCACUGUCGGAGACACGCCAUUGCCCAGUCACGAAGAGGCGUUCCUGUUCAUGAUAGCAGACCUGCUCAUCGCCGUGCUGGUGUUCGCAUCCAUCGUGGGCAACGUGGGCAACGUCAUCACCAGCCUGAGGGACCGCGACAACGUCUUUUUUCCCAAUCACGAGUUGGUGAAGGCCUACCUGCGCAGCCACUACAUCAGCAAGGAGUUGCGUCAGCGCAUUGACAACUGGUACCAGCACCUGCACAUCAACAAGAAGAUCAUGCGCGAGAACGAGAUUCUGCAGCAACUACCAGUCCACCUCAGGACCAAGAUCGCAGUCAGCGUACACCUACCGACCCUCUCUAAGGUUACCAUCUUCCAGAAGUGCGAGAAGAGCCUCCUGGAGGAGCUGGUGCUCAAACUCAUGCCACAGGUGUUCAGUCCAGGGGAAUACGUGUGCAGGAAGGGUGACGUGGGCCAUGAAAUGUACAUCAUCAAAGAAGGCAAGCUGGCUGUGGUGGCAGACGAUGGCGUCACUGAGUUUGCUGUGCUCAGUGCAGGAAACUUCUUUGGAGAAAUCAGCAUUCUCAACAUCAAAGGCAACAAGUCGGGCAAUCGGCGCACCGCCAACAUCCGAAGCAUCGGCUACUCGGACCUGUUCAGCCUGUCCAAAGAAGACCUGACAGACGUACUGUCUGAGUACCCGGCGGCCAAGCGCCACCUGGAGGAGAAGGGCCGUCAGAUUCUCACCAAGAUGGGCAUGCUGGAGGAUGGUGGGGCAACAGAAGGGGGUGGUGCCCAGAAAGUGGAGACCAAGAUCGGCAGGCUGGAGAGCAUCCUGGAUGCUCUGCAAACCAAACUUGCUCGCCUCAUGGCGGAGGCCGAGUCCAGCAACCGCAAGAUGGAGGCCCGCGUGGCUCUCCUGGAGUUGGAGCUGGAGGACCGCUACGGCCGGCCAGCAGAGGGGGGUGCUACAGAGGGAGACCACCACGGGGACGCACAGCAGCGAGGGGAAGGCGUGGGCGAGGAGGCCGUGAGUGAGCGAGAGGAGGUUGAAGGUGAGGAGGACGAACGGCAAGUAGGUGGUGAGCUGGACAAGGAAGGCGACGGCGAGAGCACCAAAAGCACCAAGGACUAUGCGGAAACGGUGAUGAUGGAUGACGAAAAUAAUCAAACCAUCUGACGCUUUUCUCUUGGCUCUUUAUUUCAAUAAAAUCUUUAACACUUCACCACUUCCCACACAUUUCUACUACAUGCAAUAUUAGACAUUACUGUCACUAGGUAGUCAUUAGGGAUCAUACGGCUCUUGUCUUACUCCUCUGGAGAAUCUGACCACAUCAGCUGACAACUUGAUAUAC